AUGGAAGCCUGCCAGAAGAGGCUCAUACCGGACACUUACUUGAUAGUAGAUCCACUUGUUGAGAAAGUGUACUCUAAGUUGAAACUUGAGCACCCUAACAGCCCAGUAUCGGCUAAGAAACAUCUCCCUGAAGAUGAGCUCAGAGAUGCGGCAUUCCUGGAUGCCGUCCAAACCUCAGUUAACAAGUGGAUAUCAGACAUAGCUCGAGUGAUCAAACUACAACAUGAUAGACUUGCCUCUCCAUCUGGUGGUAAACCUGAUGAUGCCGGAUCUAUCGCAAUUAGGGAGGUUAAUUUCUUCAUAGCGGUUGAGGCCAACCUGCUAAGUGUCAGAAAGCAGCUGGAAGAUCCUAUGGUCCAAUUCGCAUUGGAGGCUUUGAGGAUUGGUCGAAGAUUCCUUUCAACUGUUUCCUUCGAGGCACACGUGGAGCUGCCAGACAAUCUCGAGCUGGUCCAGUCCAGUUUAUUGUUGCUAAGGGACCUCCCAAUUCAUGCUCUACUUAAUGCUACUACUGUGGAGGAAAUAUCGGAGGCUGUGGAGGGUCUAUUUAAUCAUAUGAGGCGGAAUUUGCGGAAGGCUAGGCGGUAUCCUGUCUAUAGGGCGGCAGUGCUUAUGGAAGAUGUAUCCAGAGACCUACUCACCCAGCUGAACAAAGUCUUGCAUCCCAAAGAGGGAUCAACUAUCAUGCAGCUGCCAUAUGCUGACUUCGAGCUAUUGACUGGAAUAUGCAGGGAGCUCUGUACUCAAUGGGCUGACUCUGCCAGGCAGUUCAAGCAACAGUUACGUGAUGAGCUUAAACAUCGUAGUGGUCAGUCAGCCGAGCGUGUACCUGCCAAGAUGAGGUUUGCUCAUGAGCCUCUACAGGAUCGUAUAAAUGAAUUGAGACAGUUCAGGAAGCAACAUGAGCAAUUUGUCCAGACGUUGGAUAAGGUAUUCGUGGUAGUAUCCGGUAAGGAUGGAGGGACAGUCUCUGCUGCUGCAACUGCUACGAAGAAUACAGUAGUGGCUGCUUAUGAUAAGGUCUUG